AUGCUUUCGGGAUGGAGCACACACGGUCUGAUGGGAUGUCCGAUAUGCAUGGAGAAAGCCUUAGAAACCCAAUGGCAUGGGGGCCGCAAACCUCAGAGUAGACAUAAGGAAGAUCUUUCGGGGCCUGAGAAGAAGAAGGUCUCAAUUCUCAAGGUCAUCAAGCACUGCUGGACAAAGCACGGCGAUGAGUCCGAUGCCGAUCUGCCACCCCGCCUCGCUGAAAUCGAAGUAAGUAACACUAUUUUGUUACUUAUUUCCAUUCAAAAUCAAAUUGAGUAACAUUAAAUUAACAAUUUUUGUACAUGUAGUCAAAGUAUAACACAAAUGUUGAGAAGAGGCGGGCAGAAUUAGGCUUGACUCAGGAGGAUGAGAUUGAUUCUGAUGUGGAGGAUGAUGCCAUCUUUGAGGCAGUUGGGGUGUACAAGGGCCGGGUCCCGUGCAUGGGGGCUGAGGGGCAACGGAUCUUGUACGACCGCAGCGGUGCUUCAUCUUCCCGAUCAAGGCGCGGAGAGGAUCCGCGUAUCGCUCAAAUGCAGCGGGAGAUGGAGGAGCAGCAGCGGGCCUUGGCUGAGCAGCAGCGCGCCUUGGAGGAGCAACGCAAAAAAGAUGAAGAAACAAGGGCCCGGCUGGAAGAGAUGGAACGGAUCCUCAGCGCCGGAAUUCGGAAUCAGCCUCAGCCUCAGCCGUAUGUACUGCACCCCGAGCAGACACCUCAAGUUCCGCACAUGGGCGGUUAUUUCC